AUGGCCGCGCGCGGCCGGCGCGCCUGGCUCAGCGUGCUGCUUGGACUCGUGCUGGGUUUCGUGCUGGCGUCGCGGCUCGUCCUGCCCCGCGCCUCCGAGCUGAAGCGAGCGGGCCCGCGGCGCCGUGCCAGCCCCGAGGGCUGCCGGCCCGGGCAGGCGGCGGCGGCUUCCCAGGCCGGUGGGGCGCGUGGCGAUGCGCGCGGGGUGCAGCCCUGGCCGCACGGCACGGCCCCCGAUGGCGGCCCGCGGGACAAGAACUUUCUCUUCGUGGGAGUCAUGACCGCCCAGAAAUACCUGCAGACCCGAGCCGUGGCCGUCUACAGAACGUGGUCCAAGACAAUUCCCGGGAAAGUCGAAUUCUUCUCGAGCGAGGGUUCCGAUACGUCCAUACCGAUCCCAAUCGUGCCACUGCGGGGCGUGGACGACUCCUACCCGCCCCAGAAGAAGUCUUUCAUGAUGCUCAAGUACAUGCAUGACCACUAUUUGGACAAGUAUGAAUGGUUUAUGAGAGCGGACGACGAUGUUUACAUCAAAGGCGACCGUCUGGAGAACUUCCUGAGGAGCCUGAACAGCAGUGAGCCCCUCUUCCUGGGGCAGACGGGGCUGGGCACCACGGAGGAGAUGGGGAAGCUGGCCCUGGAGCCCGGGGAGAACUUCUGCAUGGGGGGGCCCGGCGUGAUCAUGAGCCGGGAGGUGCUGCGCAGGAUGGUCCCGCACAUCGGGAAGUGCCUCCGCGAGAUGUACACCACCCACGAGGACGUCGAGGUGGGCCGAUGUGUCCGCAGGUUCGCGGGGGUGCAGUGUGUCUGGUCUUACGAGAUGCAGCAGCUUUUCUAUGAGAAUUACGAACAGAACAAAAAGGGGUACAUUCGAGACCUCCACAACAGUAAAAUCCACCGCGCCAUCACGCUGCACCCCAACAAAAGCCCCCCCUACCAGUACAGGCUCCACAGCUACGUGCUCAGCCGCAAAAUAGCCGAGCUCCGCCACCGCACCAUCCAGCUGCACCGAGAGAUCGUCCUGAUGAGCAAGUACAGCAACACGGAGACGCACAAGGAAGACCUGCAGCUCGGGGUCCCGCCCUCCUUCAUGAGGUUCCAGCCCCGCCAGCGGGAGGAGAUCCUGGAGUGGGAGUUCCUGACGGGGAAGUACUUGUAUUCGGCUGUGGACGGCCAGCCCCCCCGCAGAGGGAUGGACUCCGCGCAGCGGGAGGCCUUGGACGACAUCGUCAUGCAGGUCAUGGAGAUGAUCAACGCCAACGCCAAGACCAGGGGGCGCAUCAUCGACUUCAAGGAGAUCCAGUACGGCUACCGCCGCGUGAACCCCAUGUACGGGGCCGAGUACAUCCUGGACCUGCUGCUCCUGUACAAGAAGCACAAAGGGAAGAAGAUGACGGUGCCCGUGCGGAGGCACGCCUACCUCCAGCAGACCUUCAGCAAGAUCCAGUUUGUGGAGCACGAGCAGCUGGACGCGGUGGAGCUGGCCCACAAGAUCAACCAGGAGUCGGGGUCCUUGUCCUUCCUCUCCAACUCCCUGAAGAAGCUCGUCCGCUUCCAGCUCCCUGGCUCCCGGAGCGAGCGCAGAGAACCCAAAGAGAAGAAGAUCAACAUCUUGAUCCCCUUGUCGGGACGCUUUGACAUGUUCGUGAGGUUCAUGGGGAACUUCGAGAAGACGUGCCUCAUUCCGAAUCAGAACGUCAAGCUGGUCGUCCUGCUGUUCAAUUCCGACUCCAACCCCGACAAGGCCAAGCAGGUCGAGCUCAUGCGCGAUUACCGCAUCAAGUACCCGAAAGCCGACAUGCAGAUUCUUCCCGUGUCGGGAGAGUUUUCCAGAGCCCUGGCCCUGGAAGUGGGAUCCUCUCAGUUUAACAACGAGUCUCUGCUCUUCUUCUGUGACGUCGACCUCGUGUUUACUGCCGAAUUCCUCCAACGAUGCCGGGCAAAUACCGUUCUGGGCCAACAAAUAUAUUUUCCAAUCAUCUUCAGCCAGUACGAUCCAAAGAUUGUUUAUAGCGGGAAAGCUCCCAGUGACAACCAUUUUGCCUUUACUCAAAAAACUGGCUUCUGGAGAAACUAUGGGUUUGGCAUCACUUGUAUUUACAAGGGAGACCUCGUCCGUGUCGGCGGCUUUGACGUCUCCAUCCAGGGCUGGGGGCUGGAAGACGUGGACCUCUUCAACAAGGUGGUUCAGGCCGGUCUGAAGACAUUCAGGAGCCAGGAAGUGGGCGUUGUCCACAUCCACCAUCCAGUCUUCUGUGAUCCCAACCUGGAUCCCAAGCAGUACAAAAUGUGCUUGGGGUCCAAAGCCUCAACCUACGGGUCCACACAGCAGCUGGCUGAAAUGUGGCUGGAGAAAAACGACCCAAGUUACAGUAAAAGCAGCAAUAACAAUGGCUCAGUGAGGACAGCCUGAUGUCCAGCUCCGCUGGAAAAGACGUUUUUAAUUAUCUAAUUUAUUUUUCAGAAAUUUUUUUGUACGAUCAGUUUUUGACGUCCACACAAGGAUAUAUUUUACACGUGACUUUCUUACAAAGGACUCCUUCCAGGAUGAGCUUUUGGAACAAUAACGUGAUCAUGUUUGCCUUUGAACACAUGUUCUUCCUGAACGUUUUGUAGCAGACCUGCUUCCUUGUGGCUUGAAAUGUACGUGAUGAGCGAAACUUUUGUUUAGUGUUAUAUUUCUUUUCCAGACCCCUUUGCUACAGUCCUAGGGCAGAAAACCUGAAUUCCUGCAAAGUAUUAUUGUAACAAAGCACUGUAGCUCUGCUCAGUGUUUUGUUUUAACUGUUAACGAUGCACAGUUUCUACCUUUUGUCUUUUUUACAAUGAUUUUUUUUUUUUAAAGCCAUUUUGCGUUCCGGUUGUAAAAUAAGGAAAUGUGAUAACAGUUGAAUCAUCCUCUUCAGGAGAGCUUUCCAAAGUGUUUUCUUGUGCCCAUUGUGGUCACGUAGGGUUUGACAAGCGAAAGGAGCAAGGAAGACACAAUAAAAUAAUGUGGCCGUUCUUGUAUUCGUGUGGCCCACAUGGACCUGGCAUUCCGUUCCAAGAAGGAUUUGAUACUUUCCUUCCCACCCCUUCUCUUUAAAGGAUACAAUAUUAAUCUUUAGAAUGGCAAAGAAUUAAGGUAAUAAAUCUAAUGUAUGCAAACUAAAGCAAAAACAACCCCCCCUCCCCCUCCGAUGAAAGUAUUGGGAAAAAAUAUACUUGCUUUUGUUCUCUUCAUCCUGUGUUACCUUGGCGGGGACAGCCCUUUCAUUCUUUAAUCACCGUUUGUUUUAUCCUUUGUAUCUGAAAUACCUUUAAUUUAUUUAAUAUUCAUUGUUUAGAGAGCUGCCAUUUCUCAAGUACCUGUUAGUUAGUAUUUAUGUGUAUCGGGAGUGUGUUCGGUGUUUUUUUGUUUGCAGUAAACUGAUCUCCAAAGAUUUCCCUUUGAAAAUGCCCCCCCUCCCUCCUUCCUACAUUCCUUACUGUUUUACUAAAUAUUAAGUGUUCUUCGACAAUUUUGGUGCUCACGUGCUUUAGGGACAAAAAUGAGAUGGAUCUUUCAUUAUACCAGAAAGUUUGUUUUAAAUUCACGGAUCA